CUUCGUUUUCUUCCUCAGUCAUCGUUGGCCAAGAACGCAGCAUCAGCCUCCACUCUGGGUGAGCCCCCAGCAAGUUGGAAAGAAAAAAAAUGCAAAUUUGUGACACACAACUUUAUUGUUGAGAACAGGACAACCUUUGCGUCUGCAAAAUUCGAUUUUUAAGGUUAUUGCUUCCCGUCUUCUGAUAACUCCCCAAAUGGCUUCCACAAUUUUCAGAAGCCUCCAAGUUCAACCCUUUCUGCUUUAUCCAACAACAUUACUGAGACGAAGAAAUGGGGUUUUUCAGUUCACGACCAAAGCCACACAAUCCCAAGCAGAAACCCAACAGAGACAACCACAGAGCAAGGUUUCAACAAGCACCCAGUCCAAGAAGCUUGACAAAAUCCCAAAAGACUACGAAGCCAUCAUUGGCAUUGAGACACAUGUUCAGCUUUCCACUCUCACCAAAGCCUUUUGUGGCUGCCCUUACAGUUAUGGGUCACCACCCAACAGCAGCAUAUGCCCCAUUUGCAUGGGUUUGCCUGGUGCUUUGCCUGUUCUCAACUCCAAGGUCAUUGAGUUUGCUGUCAAGUUGGGACUUGCUCUCAAUUGCAACUUGGCUUUCAACUCCAAGUUUGAUAGGAAACAGUAUUUCUACCCUGACCUUCCAAAAGGGUAUCAGAUUUCUCAGUUUGAUGUGCCAAUUGCCACUGCUGGCUUUCUUGAUGUUGAUAUCCCUGUUGAGUUUGGUGGGGGCCACAAGAGGUUUGGCAUCACAAGGGUUCACAUGGAAGAGGAUGCGGGGAAGCUCCUACAUGCAGAAAAUGGAAAUUACUCACAGGUUGAUCUAAAUAGAGCAGGGGUACCUUUGCUUGAGAUAGUUUCUGAGCCUGAUAUGAGAAACGGUAUUGAAGCAGCAGAAUAUGCAGCAGAAUUACAGAGGUUGGUGCGGUAUUUGGGAGUGAGCAAUGGCAAUAUGCAAGAAGGUUCUCUUCGUUGUGAUGUAAAUGUAUCAAUACGACCCAUUGGGCAAUCAAAGUUUGGGACAAAGGUUGAAAUAAAAAAUUUGAACUCAUUUUCAUCAGUGGGCAGAGCUAUUGAUUUUGAAAUUUCAAGGCAGGUGCAACUCCAUAGUCAAGGCCAGGAAGAUCAGAUAGUACAAGAAACUCGUUUAUGGGAAGAAGGCUCUCAGAGAACAAUUACGAUGAGAAAAAAAGAAGGGCUUGCUGAUUACCGAUAUUUUCCAGAACCAGACCUUCCAGCAGUAAUCCUUUCUCAAGAAUAUGUUGAUGGUAUAAAAAAUUCUUUACCAGAGCUUCCAGAAAUUAAGCGGAGAAGAUAUGAGCAGAUGGGCUUAAGCAUGCAAGAUGUUCUUUUCCUGGCUAAUGAUAAGAAUAUUGCAGAAUUUUUUGAAGCAACUCUGGCAAAAGGUGCUGAUCCAAAGCUGGUUGCUAACUGGAUAAUGAGUGAUAUUGCUGCCUUCAUGAAAAAUGAAAAGCUGACCAUAAAUGAGAUAAAGCUUACACCUGAAGAGUUGUCUGAGUUAAUAGCUUCCAUUAAAGGUGGAACCAUUAGUGGCAAGAUUGGGAAGGAGAUACUAUUUGAGUUAUUAGCCAAGGGUGGAACUGUUAAGGAAAUUAUAGAAAAAAAGGACUUGGUUCAGAUAGUAGAUCCUGUUGAGAUUGAAACAAUGGUGGACAAAGUGAUUGCAGAGAAUCCAAAACAGCUAGAGCAGUAUCGUGGAGGCAAAACUAAACUACAAGGUUUUUUUGCUGGCCAGGUAAUGAAAUUAUCUAAAGGCAAGGCAAAUCCAGGUCUCCUUAACAAGAUCCUCUUGGAGAAAUUGAAUUCAAAGAGUUGAUGCUAAUAGAUUGUUAUCUACUUCCUAAUCAUGUGCAUAGCAUGACUUCCAAUUCGAUGCUUGGCUUCUUGCUUGGUUCAUCCUUGAUAAAAUGUUAUCCAGUCAAUAGACAAAUUGCAAAUGAAAAGAUGUGAGGCUGUUGUGUUGCUCAUUGCUGAGGAAAGUGAUUGAUUCUAUUGGCUAAACAUAUAGCUUGAUUUUUUGAAAUAAACCUUGUACAUUUUGAAUUCUAGGUUCCAAAGGAUUUCUGCUUCAACUGUUGAGACUGCAGUGCUCUUCUAUUUUCUUCUUUAGGGGACGUAAGAUUAUAUUUUCAAAGCAUGUAAUUUAUAUUUAUGUUUUCACUUAAGUCAUGGCUUAAAAGUUUCUUUAUACAUCUCAUGUAUUUGGAUUUUGUAACGAGUAUAUUUGGUGUUCCUUCUCUUACCAAACAAUAACGAUAACACAAAUGUAUUUACAUUUAUGGCUUAAAACUCAUGGCUGCAUGUAUUUACACAAA